UGUUCUCUGGCCCCUUUCUUCAGACUUCAGUCCCUGGUCAGAGUCCCCUGCUUCCUAGAUUCCUGGAGGGCUAACUUCAGUCCAGGCAGCCCAGCCUCACACUUUGGAAGCAUGUCAAUCCAGGAGGACAUCCCACCCCAGCACUGGUCAUGGAUCUCUAAGUCCCAGAGGGACUUGGCAAAGUCCAUCCUGAUUGGGGCUCCAGGAGGGCCAGCGGGGUACCUGAGGCGGGCCAGCGUGGCCCAGCUGACCCAGGAGCUGGGCACUGCUUUCUUCCAGCGGCAGCAGCUCUCAGCUGCAAUGGCAGACACCUUCCUGGAGCACCUCUGCCUGCUGGACAUCGACUCUGAGCCUGUGGCUGCUCGCAGCACCAGCAUCAUCGCCACCAUCGGGCCGGCAUCUCGCUCCGUGGAGCGUCUCAAGGAGAUGAUCAAGGCCGGGAUGAACAUCGCGCGACUCAAUUUCUCCCACGGCUCCCACGAGUACCACGCCCAGUCCAUCGCCAACGUCCGGGAGGCGGCAGAGAGCUUCGCAACGUCCCCGCUUAGCUACCGGCCCGUGGCCAUCGCUCUGGACACCAAGGGACCGGAGAUACGAACUGGGACCCUGCAGGGGGGCCCCGAGACCGAAGUGGAGCUGGUGAAGGGCUCCCAGGUGCUGGUGACCGUGGACCCGGCAUUCCAAACUCGGGGGGACGCGAACACCGUGUGGGUGGACUACCCCAAUAUUGCCCGGGUCGUGACGGUGGGGGGCCGCAUCUACGUUGACGACGGGCUCAUCUCCCUAGAGGUCAAGAAAAUCGGCCCAGAAGGGCUGCAGACCGAAGUGGAGAACGGAGGCCUCCUGGGCAGCCGGAAGGGUGUGAACCUGCCGGGUGCCCAGGUGGACCUGCCUGGGCUGUCCGAGCAAGAUGUCCGGGACCUGCGCUUCGGGGUGGAGCAUGGCGUAGACAUCAUCUUCGCCUCCUUUGUGCGAAAAGCCAGUGACGUGGCUGCCGUCAGGGCUGCUCUGGGACCAGAAGGACAGGGCAUCAAGAUCAUUAGCAAAAUUGAGAACCAUGAAGGCGUGAAGAAGUUUGAUGAAAUCCUGGAGGUGAGCGACGGCAUCAUGGUGGCAAGGGGUGACCUGGGCAUCGAGAUCCCUGCGGAGAAGGUUUUCCUGGCUCAGAAGAUGAUGAUCGGACGUUGUAACUUGGCGGGCAAGCCCGUUGUGUGUGCCACACAGAUGCUGGAAAGCAUGAUCACUAAGCCCCGGCCAACUCGGGCAGAGACGAGCGAUGUGGCAAACGCUGUGCUGGAUGGGGCUGAUUGCAUCAUGCUGUCCGGGGAGACUGCCAAGGGCAACUUUCCUGUGGAGGCUGUAAAGAUGCAGCAUGCGAUUGCCCGGGAGGCCGAGGCCGCAGUGUACCACCGCCAGCUGUUUGAGGAACUGCGCCGGGCAGCACCUCUGAGCCGCGACCCCACUGAGGUCACCGCCAUCGGCGCCGUUGAGGCUGCUUUCAAGUGUUGUGCUGCUGCCAUCAUCGUGCUGACCACCACAGGCCGCUCAGCCCAGCUUCUGUCCCGUUACCGACCUCGGGCAGCAGUCAUUGCUGUCACCCGCUCUGCCCAGGCUGCCCGCCAGGCCCACCUAUGCCGAGGAGUCUUCCCCUUGCUUUACCACGACCCUCCAGAGGCCAUCUGGGCAGAUGAUGUGGAUCGCCGUGUCCAGUUUGGCAUCGACAGUGGAAAACUCCGUGGCUUCCUCCGAGUUGGGGACCUGGUGAUUGUGGUGACAGGCUGGCGACCUGGUUCCGGCUAUACCAAUAUCAUGCGGGUGCUGAGCGUGGCCUGAGAUGCCCUUGCCUCCGACCUAGCCAACCCGUGACCCCGUCCCUCCACCCUGCCCCUCCGACUGUACCAGGCUGUCUUCCCACCCAAGGCCACACCUGCCAUCUAGCACAUUACAGGCACCCCCUCUCCUGUCCAUCCCACACCGGCUGUGGCAGUCUGCGUCCAGCGAAGCACAGACUGUCCAGCAGUGCCACUGCUCGUCCCCGCUCUCAGCUGGGCCCUGAAAUGUUCUGAGCCUUUAAUCCCAGUUUAACUGGUUGGUUCUCUCCCCCCAGGCUUCCCACAUCUGGGAGUGGGAGAGGGGAACAGGGCAACUGUGUCCAUUUACCACAAAAUCCACUAUUUUAAAAACCUUUCACAUCCAUGGAGUGCACAUCUGUGGGCCUCCUGUUAAGUCAGGCAGCUCCUGGGGAGAGCGCCACUGUGCCUGAUGGCUUAGUGCAGGCCCGCACUACCCCUUCACUGUGACUAAUGGGGACAUCAGAGCACUGCUCUUUGCGGGGCCUUAGGGUAGCUGGAUGUGGAGAGGUGCUGAGAGCCAGGUGGCUCACCUCCUCACUGUGGCAGCAACACCCCCCCCCUCCCCCCCCCAGCAUUGCUCAU